AUGUUUUCCUUUCUCUUCGGAUUUUCAAUUUCGCAUAUCUUAGACUUUCAAUAUGAACGGAUUGUAGCCGGCGACAUUAUUGCGAGGAGAGUUGAUACAUUAGCAGGAAUUAUUCAUCUUAAUCUUUCUAUUUCAAAUUGUCCACCAAAUUAUUCUGUACAGCUUUAUGCAUUCGAAGAAAUUAGAAUCCCAUAUGUAUUUCCUAAUUCAACAAACUUUCAACCCAUUUGUUGCCCUUCAAAAGAGAAAUGUAACUUAGGCCAGGUAUAUUUUCAAGAAAAUGCACCAGUUAUUUCAAGAAUGAUUACACCAGAAGUUAACAAUACAGGUAAAAACACAACCGAUAUCGAUGAAUCAGAUAUUAUUCUUCAACAAACUUCAAAAAUCGAAAUCACAAGAAAAGGCAUAUGGACAAUUCUAAUUUCGAACUGCGGUUCGGAAGAAAUUAUGAUUCAUGGCUUCGCUACGAUAAGAAGACAUGAUGGUUGCAUAGAUAUCCGUCUGAAAUUAUUAUAUACCAUCUCUAUUUUAAUAAUUAUUAUAGGUGUAGGUAUGAUUCUGUACCACCUUUUCAUGUGGGUAUCUUCUGUUCCAAAAUUGUCACUAGAACAAAAAUCUAUUAUUGGUCUCAUCACUUUAUUUACGAUUUAUGGGCUUUUGACGACAUAUUUAUAUUUCUCAUGGAAUCAGACCGGUGAUUAUAAGAUUUCUAUCUCAUAUUCUUCAUCAUUUUUACGAAGUUUGAUCACAAUUUUAGUUUACUACGCGACAUUACGACAUUUACAGCUUCCUGACGAAAUAAAACUCUACGGGUUCUUCGGAACAAUCAUUCCUGCCUUCAUUGGCGCAGUAAUUGAGAAUUUUGGUAUCAAAAACUUUUCUUCACGAUACAAUGGAAUGUGGAUCUUUGGAUAUGGCCAUCCAUGCAUUGAAUUUCUUACGAUAGUUUCUGUCCACAUUUUUGUUUUUGUUUACGCGCAUUUGAAUACUCCGAAAGAAGACGCAAAUGAGAACAGAAGGAUAUUACUUGCAUUAGUAUUCUGUACGAUACCAUCAUAUACAGUAAUGAAUCUCUGUUUAUUCGGAUACAGAUUCAAUAAAAAUUUAAUUCAGACGAGAAAGAGCGAAUGGGUACCAUUUACACUCUGGCCUAUGCUCAUAUCAGUGAUGAUAUCCAUAAAUGCAUGGUAUGCUGGCGAAUUGAACCCAGAAGGCUGGCAAAUGUUUAAUUCAGGAGAAGAUAACCAAAAUGCAUUCGUAAUCAAGAGAGGAGGAAAGAACCAAAAGAAUACAAAGAAUAUGAAAGCGAUGCAGAACCAAAUUAAACAGGCUAAAUUACAGAAACAACAACAAAUAAUUCAAGAAGAAAAAGAAAGACAUCAUACGCCUCCAAAAUUGAUGCCUGUUCAACUAGAACAACAAGAAGAAGUUUAA